GAAGGAAAUAAAAGGUCAGUGGUUGUGUGGCUAAUGGCACAUGCUGGUGAGAAAAUCAAUCACGGGAAAAAGCGCCCCGCAGAGAGUUACCCUGAGGGUGAUCAACCUCUGGCAAAGAGAUUCGGUCGGUUGCAUAUCAAUACCAUAACCUCCGAACAUGACAUCAGUGACAGGAAGCUUCCUGCUUCCGUCCAAACUGAUACAAUGUUAUUGGACGAUACCAAGGAUACCAUUUACAUACAUGAUCUGGACAGAGAACUAGAGGAUAUUGGAUCAAAGGAUAGUUGUCUUGAGAUCCUUCCCGGAGUUGCUGACCGGAUGUCAACUAUUCCGAAGUUAUUGGUCGCAAAUACUACAAGCCCGUGCAACGAGUUGGUCCUUUACACCGAGCCUACAUCACUAUCAAUCCCUAAGGAGGAUGAUAAUGUACGAAAAGCGCUAAUAGCUACACGAGAGCGCGCUAGGAGAAUUCAACAUGAUUCUCAUACGCAAGGUCGGGACUGUACCAAAAGCUCAACCGCAAGCGCAACUACGAGUGGCCGCGGUAUCUUAGAAGGGCCUAUUGAUGUAUGUGGUGAGCCAAUGGAAAUUGAUGUUGAUUGCUGGGGCAGCAUUUCGUCUUAAGUUCUAAUAGAUGAAAAAAUAAGAUAUAAAUUUUUUUAUUUCGGAUAAAAU